UUCCGGUUCUGCCAUUUUGCGGUUGCGGAUCGGUCUCGAGCUGCUGCUGGUGCGUUUCUUACCGAAUACCGAUAAUAUAGUCUUAACAUUAAACCCCAGUUAAACCGGCAAAAUGUCAGAUUUUGACAGCAACCCUUUCGCGGACCCGGACUUCAGCAACCCAUUUCAGGAUCCAUCAGUGACACAAGUAACGCGGACUGCCCCACCUGGCCUGGAGGAGUAUAACCCUUUCACAGACACAAAGCCGGUCCCGCCAGGCUCCGCCCCUAAAUCAGUUCCACCCACAGCCAACACACAGCCGGCCAUCAUGAAACCCACCGAAGAACCGCCAGCUUACACUCAACCUCAGCAAACACAGGAUCAGGCGCGAGCCCAGGCGGAGUUAUUGAGGAGACAGGAAGAGCUGGAGAGGAAAGCCGCUGAGCUGGACCGCAGGGAGAGGGAGAUGCAGUCUCUCAGCGCAUCAGGUGGGAGGAAAAACAACUGGCCGCCCCUUCCAGAGAAGUUUCCGGUGGGUCCGUGUUUCUAUCAUGACAUAUCAGUGGACAUCCCUGUGGAGUUCCAGAAAACCGUCAAGAUCAUGUACUAUCUGUGGAUGUUCCACACGGGGACGCUGUUUGCCAAUAUAUUUGGCUGUUUGUCGUGGUUCUGUGUAGAUGCGUCGAGGGGAGUGGAUUUUGGUCUGGCCAUGCUCUGGUUCAUGCUCUUCACACCCUGUUCAUUUGUCUGCUGGUACAGACCUCUGUAUGGAGCGUUCAGGAGUGACAGCUCUUUUAGGUUCUUUGUAUUCUUCUUCGUCUAUAUUUGCCAGUUUGGUGUCCAUGUGCUGCAAGCCAUUGGCAUUACAGGUUGGGGAGCCAGUGGCUGGAUCUCAGCGCUGACCGGGCUGAACACAAGUAUUCCCGUCGGCAUCAUCAUGAUCCUGAUUGCUGCCCUCUUCACCGCGUCGGCUGUCAUCUCUCUCAUCAUGUUUAAAAAGGUUCAUGCGCUGUACCGAACCACCGGCGCCAGUUUCGAGAAGGCGCAGCAGGAGUUUGCCACUGGUGUCAUGGCUAACAAAACGGUGCAAACCGCCGCCGCUAACGCCGCCUCCUCUGCUGCCCGGGGAGCCUUCAAAGAGCAGAUCUGAUUGGUCCAGAGAACUCCGACUCCGCCCAUGCUACUUUGACUCCGCCCUCUGCAUUCCUCCUAACAGUCUUUACAGCCAAUCAUCAGCUCUGACUGGCUGUUCAAGACCACACCCACUCUCUUUGACUUAAUGCACUCCUGUGACUGACUGAGACCCCGCCCACAGCCCCUCCCCUCCUGUCAAUCAGCAGGUGUGCUCGCCUGUUCUUUAGUUGGAGUGUGUGUGUGUGUGUGUGGAACGCCUGUCUGUGUGUAAACAGCCUAAAGAGUCACUUUAUAUGUUCACAUCACUGUUGGGUGUCAGUUUGUCCCUGUUAAAUAACAGGAAGUGAUGUCAUCCAGUGUCCUUUAAUGGGAUCCUAAGAAUGGUUUAUGCCCUCACAGGUCUGUCUUACCGAUAAUCUCCGCUUAAACACUCGUAAAAUCACACUUCCAGGUCACAAUUAACCUCAAAAUCAAAAGAAAAUCAACAUUUACGAUAUUUCGUCUAAUUUUUGUGACAGUUGAGCAUAUUUAAAUGGUUAUUAUUAACCAUUAAAAAAAUCAGUUUUGCGUUACAUUCUGCUUAAUUGUCACGAAAAUGUCAUAAUGCAAAUGCCAUGUACAUGAAAUAAUUUUUUGCAUUACAAAAUGUUUGCUUUUCUGUAGAUUUUGGGGUAUAACAUGACAUUUUGCAUUCAAAAAUACUCUUUUCUUUGGAUUUUGGGUUUUAAUAUUACUUUUUUCAUAACAAAAUUUUGCUUAUCUUUGAAUUUUGGGGCAUAAUAUGACCUUUUGUAUAACAAAAUGUGGCUUUUCAUUUGAUUUUGGGGGUAUACCAUGACAUUUUUCAUAAAAAUUUGGCUCAUCUUUGGAUUUUGGUGUAAACUACGACCUUUUGCGAAAACAAAAUUUGGCUUUUCUUUCAAUUUUAGGGUAUAAUACAACCUUUUGUGUAAAAAAAAAAUGCCAUUUCAUUGGAUUUCGAACUAUAACGUAACAUUUUGCAUUCAAAAUGGUCACUUUUCUUUGGAUUUUGUGGUGUAAUAUGACCUUUUCUUGGCACAAUUUGCCCAACUAUCGUUGUAAAUGCUUCAUCCUGCAAAUGAGCCAUCAGUACACAAAGACAUCGAUCAGAUGUGACCGUAAACGCUCCACACGCAACUCAGAGGGUCUCUUUACCUGUAAAUAUAUAAAUAUAUAUAUAUAUAUAUUAAACCUGUAUGAUGACAAAGUAUUGACUGAUUUUAAACUCAUGAAUGAUUUUCAGGCUUUCUGUUUUCUUUUUUUUCUUUCUAAUAGAGUUGUUUUGGAAUGGAAACUAAUUCUUAAAAGCGUGAACCACUCAGGAUAAAUUCCUGCACAUGCAUGGGAAGCUUGCCGAGCUCUCUAUAGGAUAAACAGGAAAACACUUUUAAAAUCACAAUUAAAAUCUGUGCAUCGCCCCCGAACAUCACUAACGGCACGUGGCAUUUGUCCUGCAGAUGUGUUUAAGACUGCCGUGCUGGGCCGUCCUGAUAUUGGAUCCUGAAUCACAUUGUCCGUCGUCGUUUGUCGUUUGAAGCGUAGAGCUUUUUAAGUGACGUUUGUUUUCCUCUUUUUAUCGACUGGAGCAGAGAACCUUGUAGCCUUGGUUACUGUCGCCAAGAGACAGCCAAGUUUUGCAAUUAUGGGAUAUGCAUCAAGAUGCAAAUUGAUCUUGAUCUUAACCUUUCAGCAACACUCUGUGUGUGUGUGUGAGAGAGUGUGAAUGUGUGUGUAUGAGAGAACAAAAUGUGUUCACCUAUUUUCAGUAUUGAGUUUGUUUGAGGUCUUUUUAAUUUAUAACUUUAAAGAAAUAGUUCACUCAAAAUGGUCAUUUUUGGGUGAAAUAUUUCAAUGUUCUUUAUUUUGUUUAAAAUGUCAUUGAGCGUGUCAUUUGUGUUCUGAAUCUUUUUUCAGUCAUGUACGGAUCUAUUUACACUCUCUGUGUGUGUGUGUGUGAGAGAGAGUUACUGCAAGUCGUUCUUCCUUUUAUAAAUAAAUUUCAACAAAUGGCA